CAGUCCAGUCCGCGGGCGCGCCGACCGAGUCAGCUUGCCGCCGCGACGAGCCCCGUGUUGCGAUGAAGCAACACAAUCAUUCACUUAUAAAGAAAUAUAAUGCUAAAAUUACCAAAAGGCCUUAAAAAGAAGAAAAAAGGGAAAAAGUCCAAACGUAAAGGAGAAGACGAGUUAUUCACAGAAGAAGAGCUCGAGAAAUAUAGAAAAGAACAUCAGCAACAGGCUGCUGAAUCUGGAGAAGGUUCCAAGGAGAAUGAGGAGUGGUCCAAAUUUAAGGACUUGACGACCGGUGUCGACUCUAUCCUAAAGAAAACACAGGGGGACUUAGAUCGCAUAAAAUCAACAUCAUUUUUUCAACGAGUUGCACCUAAAAAAGAGGUCGAGAAGCCGAAACCACCUCCGCAGAGGCCAGUCGUCGAGGUAACCGAAGCAGACUUCCCGCACUUGGUGCAAGCAGCUGCGGCGGCUGCCGAGGCCGACGACCAUAGUGAGUACGGUGUCACUGACGACGAAUCUGAAGAGGAUGAACAGGACGACAUCUUUGAUACCUCGUACGUAGAAGUUGUUGAACGUGGAGAAGUAAAACUUGCUUACGUACCAGACUCGCCAGAAGAGUUCCAAGACGAUGAUAUCUUUGAUACAUCGCACGUUGAUGCUUUGAUAAAAGGACAGGAAGCGAAGAGCUCUAAAGGAAAAAAAGCAUUAGACAUUGGCGUUGCUGUAGAAGUUCUCACAGGGAGAAUAGAUAAUGUUGCAGUCAGAACCACCAAAAGAAAAAGAGUGAUUCCAGGAGAUCUUUUAUUAGAAAGCGUUGAUAGCGAUCUUCCAGCAGUAUCAGAACCUACUGUUGCUGAACCUGCUGAAAAAAGUAUUUUGGAUACUGACGCGGAUAUUCCAAUCACAACUCCUAUUGAUCUUAGUGUUUCACUUCAUACGUCUUUAAUACAUCAAAAACGUGAUAGUCAUAAUGAUUUGCCUACACUUGAUACGCAAAGUGAUCAAAAAGUAAAUGAAGAAGACGAACUUGACGAAUUCGCGUUACUAGCUGCCGAGUCAUUGGAAGUUAGUACUACUGUUAUUAAGGUACAAGAAAACGAAAUAAAACUAGAACCAGUAUUGCAAGAGUCGUGGUCGGCAUUUGAAGCAGAUAAAAACGAAGCUGUAUUUGCGGAGUGUAUUGUAGAAGAUCAAAUUGAUGUAAUCGACCCCUAUGUAGAUGGUGAUGAUCCAUUCGAUACAAGUUUUGCGGAUGCUGUAGUUCCUUCUUCAAAAUUUGAUGUUGGAAAAAAAGAAGCUGAUAUCUUAGAAGACGACGACGAUUUUGAUCCACGAGCAGAAGAAGUUCGAGCCAUAUUAAAUAACAGGAGAAAAUCCUCAGUACGCAUACAUUUAACAAAUCCUUCUGGCUUAAGAGAAUCUAUAACAUCUGACGAUACGGUAGACCGCGAAGAGAAUACACACUCGCGUGAUUUGCUCGGUGGGAGCACUACAGAUUUGACACAAUUAGGAGAUACAGUUUUAGACCCAGUUGAUGUUAAUAAUGAUGAUAUUGAUCCUUUCGAUACUACUAUAGUUGAUAAGAUUGUUGCACCUGGAAAGGUUGAAUUAAAACUUUUGGAACAAGAACUUAUUGGAUCAGCACCAGUUCCUAUAUAUCGUAUCGACAGUGAUCCUGAUUUCGACCCAAGGGCAGAGGAACCUAAAAAAGAGGAAAGACGGGCAUCACGUCCUGAAAAUUUAGUAGUGAACAAAAGUGUUGGUUUCAAUAUUGAGAGCGGGGAUACUCUUGAUAUAGACAAUAAAGGAAAAGUUGUUAAGCCCUUAACGCCAUACUACACAAGAGAAAUAUCUAUAACAGAAGAUAUCAACGAAGACACUGAAGUUGUUGAUACAGUUCCAGUAUCUUUAACUCGCACUCGAUCUGACGAAGAUUUGGCAUUAAAAACACAUUAUCAAACUAAGAGAAGACAUUCCGAAUAUCCACAAUCAAGUCAAAGUAAAGUAAAUCAAAAAUCCAGUGAUCUUCUUUAUAGUGGACAGGAAGAAAUAUCAGCUAAGGUUUUGACUCCAUCUGAUCCUCAGCCAUCAGAUGAAAUAGACGUAGAUCCAUUUGAUACGACGUUUGCUAGUAAUAUUGCUCCAAGUAAAACCGAGUUAAAACUAUUAGCUAAAGAAUUUUCUUGUGAAAAUACUGAAGAUAUUGACGCACAAGAUCCUCACGUACUACUAGAAACAUCAGACGACAUUUUUCAGAUAAAAGCUCUUACCCCAGAACCAACAGUAUCCGUAAAAGUACCUGAGGAUAAUUUUGAUCCCUUUGAUACAUCAUUUGCUGGUGAUCUCAAUCCAGGAAGAACUGAAAUCAAUAUGAACGAGCCAGCUGCACCAGUCAGCGCAGAUGUUCUCAAUCCAUUUAUGAUCACUGACUCGGAACCAUCAGCAUUUACAGGCGAUAAUCCAUUCGCAACCAGCAAUCCAUUUUCAGAUUUCGGAGGAAGCUAUGAGCCUCCGGCAGGGGACACCUUACCUGUUGAUAUAUUUGGGAGUGGAGAACCCUCUUGCGCUAAACAAUUCGAUGAUUUUUCAGUAAACUCGGCAAGCACUUUUGAUAUAUUCGGAGCUCCACCGAAUGAAGAGCGUUUAAUAAAACCAACGGAAUUAGAAUUAACAAACACAACUGCCGAUCCGACAUUUUCAGAUGACUUAGGUGGUCCUCAAAUGCCACCACGACCUUUGCCUCCCGAAACACAAAAUUUGAUUCUCACAGUCACAGGUCAGAUGGAGUUCACGAGCUCUCAUUUGUUGGACCGAAUCCCGCCGACACGAACACCGAGUCCCGUUUCGGUGCGAGACAUACACUCUCCAAGUCCGACGCCGGAACCAGAUAUGGAUUUAGACCCAGAGCCACCUGUGGAUAGUUUCGAUAUCAACCGUAACAAACCCACACGGCCCCCUCCAGCGAGGCCUCCCCUCGCCGCGCGUCCUCCGCCCCCGCGGCCCGCGCCGCCGCCCGUGCCGCAGCCGCCGCAAGUUCCUCCACCUCCGCAAGUGCCACAGCAACAACCGAACGCGGUUACGGAUGAUAUCAAUUUGUUUGACGCACCUGUACCGGUAGUAGUAAAGCCAACAAAGGAGGCAAUUUUGAGUUUAUAUUCGGCACCAAAAAAAGAAGAGAAGCCGAUUGAUUUCUUAAGUGACGAUAUCCUUGAAUCAGUACCCGCCGAAAAAAAUGAAGUUGUUACUGCUUUGCCAGAUAGUUAUCCACCGCCAAUGACCACUGAUGUCGUCAGUGAAAAAACUACUCCUUUGGCUCCUGCACCGGAUCUAGUAGGAACAUUAUUUUCAACCUCUGUCAAUGUAUCUGGAGAUAAUGUUGCUCCCAUGGACUGCUCCGAACCGACAUCUGUCGCCACGCCAGCUGCUAUGGAAUCUUCUCCGCUCUCGGAUGCGGUAAAUGAUGAGUUCCAAAACAGAAGGUUAAGUGGAGUUGAGAAAAAUCCAUUCGAAGAUGCAGGCAUAAUGAAUACGACGUCUUCAUUUCCUACGGAGACCACAAAUAUUUUUGGGGUUGAUUCUACGAAUGCUUUUGCAACCAAUACUAAUGUACUCGAUUCCACACAAAAUAAUGAAACAAAUUUAGCGCAAGCUAGUGACAUGGACUUCACCCAAACUGAUGCAUUUAGUGCACACCACAACGACGCAUUUGCAACCAAUGAAUACUCCAAAACUGAAGAUGCGUUCAUGGGGACUCAAGAAACCCAACACGCCGACCCGGGAUGGGGCGACACUUCCGAAGCUAUGGUUCAGGAUGCGUUCCCUGAAUCUCAAGAUGCUUUCGACGCAUUCUCAGCAAAAUUCGACUCCACAAGUGCCAAUCACUUUAACACAGGAGCCUGGGGAGACGAAGCGGCGUCGGAGCAAACGCCCGCGGGGUUCGAGGCGGAGGCGUUCGACCCGUUCCUGAGCAUGGGCGCGCCGCCGCCGCCCGCCGCCACGCCGCGCCUCGACCACCAGGGCUCGCAGGAUUCUGCCGACGACACGUUCUCCGUUUUUAUUAGGCCUAAAGAAAACGAGGCGAGCGGAGAAGAGGCCGCAGUGCCGGUGCUGGCGCCGCCGCCGCGCCCGCAGGCGCUGCCCGAGUCUCCGCGCGCCACCUUCGGCGACGGCGGCUUCCAAGCGCCGCCCGCUGAAACCAGGCAUCAGGGCAUGGAAGACAGACGUCGCUCGGGUAGCGGCGGCGAGACUCCGCCCACCCCGCUGUUCGACGAGGAUGUGUCGGUCCCGCUUGAAGACUUCCCGCGCACUGUGUACAAGGGCCCGGGCUGGGAGAUGCAGCUGAGGCAGCCCAUCAAGAAGAAGAUUACUGGACAAAGGUUCUGGAAGAAGGUGUUCGUGCGCGUGGGCACGCAGGGCGACACGCCGGUGCUGCAGCUGCUGAACGCGGCCGGCGACAAGGAGCCGUUCCAGGAGCUGCCGCUGCAGGCCUGCUACUCCGUCUCCGACAUCGCCGCGCAGCAGUUCGACCAGUUCGGCAAGAUCUUCACUGUCAAGCUCCAGUAUAUUUUCUAUAAGGAACGUCCAGGAGUCAGGCCGGGGCAGGUUCGCAAAGCGGAGCGCAUCACCAACAAGUUAUCACAGUUCGCGGCGUACGCCAUCCAGGGCGACUACCAGGGCGUUAAGGAGUUCGGCAGCGACCUCAAAAAGCUGGGCUUGCCUGUAGAACAUGCUCCGCAGGUGUCGCAGCUGUUCAAGCUGGGCUCGCUGAGCUACGAGGACGUGAAGCAGUUCUCGUGCUGCGUGGAGGAGGCGCUGUUCCGGCUGUCCGCGCACCGCGACCGCGCGCUCUACAAGAUGGAGGAGGUGCAGAUCACGGCGGUGGACGAGCUGUACGUGGAGCAGGACGCGGAGGGCUCCGUGCUCAAGCAGAUCGCGCGCGUCAGGCUCUUCUUCCUGGGAUUCCUCUGCGGAAUGCCCGACGUGGAAAUAGGCGUGAACGACCUGCGUCGUCAGGGCAAGGAGGUGGUGGGCAGACACGACAUCAUCCCCGUCGUCACCGAGGAGUGGAUCCGCGUCGAGAACCAGGAGUUCCACGACUGUGUGCAGCCCGACGAGUUCAACAACACGCAGAUUAUCAAAUUCAAGCCGCCGGACGCGUGCUACAUCGAGCUGAUGCGGUUCCGCGUGCGCCCGCCCAAGAACCGCGAGCUGCCGCUGCAGCUGAAGGCCAGCUGGUGCGUCACCGGGAACAAGGUGGAGCUGCGCGCGGACGUGCUGGUGCCGGGGUUCGCGUCGCGCAAGCUGGGGCAGGUGCCGUGCGAGGACGUCGCGAUCAGGUUCCCCAUUCCCGAGUGCUGGAUCUAUCUGUUCCGCGUCGAGAAGCACUUUCGAUACGGCUCUGUUAAGUCUGCUCACAGACGAACUGGUAAAGUGAAGGGCAUCGAGCGCUUCCUGGGCGCCAUCGACACGUUGCAGGAGUCGCUGAUCGAGGUGACGUCCGGGCAGGCUAAGUACGAGCACCAGCACAGGGCCAUCGUCUGGAGAAUGCCCAGGUUGCCUAAAGAGGGACAGGGUGCCUACACGACUCACAACCUAGUCUGCCGCAUGGCGCUGACGUCGUACGACCAAAUCCCGGCGGAGCUGGCGAAGCACGCGUUCGUGGAGUUCACGAUGCCGGCCACGGCCGUGUCGCACGUCACGGUGCGCUCCGUGUCGCUGCAGGAGCACGACGGCGACCCGCCCGAGAAGUACGUGCGGUAUCUCGCACGCCACGAGUACAUCGUGGGCAUCGAGCGGACGAGCGGGCAGUCGGCGCCCGCGUACGCGGUGGCGGCGCGCGCGGACGCUCCCCCCGCCGCCCCCGCCGCGCCCCCCGCGCCCGCGCGCGCCACGCCGCAGCCGCCCUCCUCCGACUCCGACUCAGACUAAACUAUAUCACAUCUUCAACUGAUGUUAUUACCUCCUAUAUCAGAAGGGGAUCACUUCGAUGAAUGAACAUCAUAGAAGAUGCGAUUAAGAUUUUGCAGAUAACGGUAAAAAAACAUCACUAGUAGAGGAUUAUUGAGCAACUUAUCAUAAACUAACAUCAAGAGACAAUAACUGUAACUAGUUGCUCGAUACUCAUCUAUAUAUGGGCUGAGAUUAAAUCAAAGUUAAAUAAAUUUGCUUUUCUGAAAUUCAAGGACUAAGAUAUCGGGUGGCAACGUAGUAUUUGACUAACGUGCGCCCGAAUGAAACUGCGUUUGAGCGAAGUUAAAAGUCCAGAUUGAAAUACUUAGUCCAAAAUCGAGAAAUAUAACGGUAGAUGAGUGUAACAACGUAAGAUAGUAAAGUUCGUGUAAUAUAAUAAAUACAAUGUAAACUUAUAAACAUAUAAAUAAUAUUCUUUUACAGUUAAGCUAAAUACUGUAAGCUUUCGGACGAUGUCCCACCUCUGCUAACGGGUUCAGUUUAGGAGCACUGAGUUACACGCGCACCUUCACUCAUUGUACUAUGAUAUAUAAAUGUAUAGAAAAAUAAUACCUCAAUAAUUUCUUGGUCCGUAGGUAUUUAAAGUGGUAAGCGGUUACAUAUACUAGGAUAUAUCUAUUUUAUUAAUAAAUGUAAUAUAAUUCAUGCGAAAAAUAUAUCUUACAAUUUAAGGUAUUUAUAUUUAUAGGAACAUAAUGUUGAUUGAAUCAGCUUGAAGACACAACGUCUACUUUAGUUCGCACAAAAGUAUAACAUUAUUGGACCUGGUAGAUAUGAAACAUAAACCAAUAUUUUAAUAUAAAAAUUGCUAAUGGCUAGCUUAAUGUUAUGAGCUUUAUUACUUAAUAACCUUCCAGAGAUAAUAAUAUGUGUUGUGUACGAAUAUAACCGUAUAUCAAAAAUUCAAAUUUACACUAGAAUAGGAUUGCUGUAAUGCUAUUAAGUUGCCGUUUCUAACUACCUACAGCCUUAAGGUUAUGAUUAUAGCGUGAAAAAUAGUAAAAUAAUUCUAAAUAAAUUAAAUAAAACACAUUAUUGUUUCUGAAUUAACAAUAAAGAGCGCUCUCUUUAUUGUUAAUUCAGAAACAAUAAUGUUUGUCCGGGAGUAAUGUGGCGGAAAUUAAGCAAACUACUUACUUAUACGUAAUGAGUUGUGUACUUAUGUCGAUCGUCCGCUAGAGGGCGACAGUGCGCCGAGGUGGUGUGGGGGUCCACUCCAUAUUGCCAGAGAUUGUGAUAAAAGAAUAUCAUGCGUAUAGUCAUCAUAUUAUCGAAUAUAAUCAUUAUUAUCAAAGCAAUAACGCGAACGAAUGUAACCUGUGCGUAGAAUAAGAAAGCUGUUUGUUUGAUUCAUUACAUAUUAUUUAUAUCAAACAAACUCUAUUUGGGUUUGGUGGGCCAUUGUAGAAGUCGUCGAGUGAUGUUAGCAUGCAAGUGAAUGACAUUUCAUAAAUAUUAUCAUUAGAUUAAGUCACCGAGUUGUCCGAAUCGUUUCUGAACAAAAGCGCGAGUAGGACCUAGUUCAUCUAAGUAGUCAUUGAUAUUGUUAAUUUCUAGUCAUUCCAAAUGAUGUAUAAUUAAAUUGAUGUAUAUCUACAUAAUCUGUUAAACUUAGGACACCUGUCCCUAUUGUUAGAACGUGAUGUAUAAGAUACUUUAUAUUAUACUAACAAUAAAAAAUAUGUAUUUGACGUAGGUUUGAUGAGUAUACACGCAAACGUUAUAUUGAUAAAACCAGAAUAAAUUAUAUUUAUAGCUAGUGUUACAGUUUGUUUGUAUACUAAGUAAUGUUUAGCUCGUUCAGAUGUGCGGCGCGCGGCGAGUGCGCCGCGUGCUGCGAGCGGACCCCAUGUUUUG